AUGAACGACCAACGCAUUACCAUCUUGUCCCAUUUUGACCCGAACCCAUACAAUUUCAGAACUUUCACAGUAACUUUCUUAUCUGAUCGCAUUACCACCACAGUCACUGCCAAUCCCUCUGUAGUGCGCAACUGGCUCUUCAAAGUCCUUCGUCUCCACCGUAUCCGACACAACAGGCUCGUGGUCGGCCUCGGCGUUGAAUGGAACCCUUUCUUUUCCAUUGAACACCCUCAAGCAGCCACUCUCCAGCUUUGCAUUGGACGUCAAUGCCUCAUCUUCCAACUCCUCCAUGCAACUCAUGCGCCCCUCUCUGUCCGCCGAUACUUGGCUGAUCCUCGUAAUACUUUCGUCGGCGUUUGGAACCAUAGUGAUGAAGCCAUGCUGUUGUGGUCGAAGCAUAGACUUUCUGUUUCCAGGGUGGUUGAUGCUUGCAACGUUGCUGCUGAGAGAAGCGGAUUGAGUAGGCAAUUGUCUAUGGAGAAGUUGGCUGAUAUAUUUUUGGGUGCUGAUGAGGUUAAGAAGCCUACAAGGAUUGGGAGAAAUUCACCUUUACAUGAUGCAAGUGAACUACAACUAUGGAGGAUAAUAUUGAUCUAUGUUGUUGAAUUACAAUUAAGUUGGAACAAGUUUCUUCUUGGAAAUGCUGGGCGACGCAAAUAA